GUUACACUUCCGAACUUCCAGCUUUAAAUACACAUCUGUCCCUCAGUGUGUAGGGUGAACCAAAUUUAAGUUCAUUUGGAAUAUAUUCGCCUGACUUUAAAGCGAAAUGGAAAACGAAGAGAAUCAACUGCAGCCUGUACUGAAUCCCAUUCCGUCCGGCGAUCUGUGGGCUGACUUGGCGGAGAUGACCAGGAACUCGGAACAGCUGAUGGAGAGUGUCACCUGCAGACUGAAUGCCCUGAACUCAGCCCUGGAUCGUCUGGAGGAUCGUACUGAUCGGGUUCUCGUGGAGCUGCGGCAGUUGGUCGGCACAGAGAACCAGGUGCGAAGAGCUCGCGAUGGUUGCGGAGAUCCUGGUGCCGAUGAAUAGGCAGACAAUUAUUAUUAUAUGGAAAUAAAUGCCAAUUCAAGGUUCUGGCUAAUA